AUGGAUAAUGCCAACUCAAAUUCUCGUAGAUUACCACCAUUAGAAUAAGACAAUCAAUAAUCCAGGGCUCUAUCAUCAUCACAAUAAAGGAAUACUAUAAGACAAUAGAUGAUAAGCAGUAACAAAUUUGAGCCGAAGACCAGUUUGAAAAAUAAGAAAACUGGUCCUGCACCAAUUCAAGAAUUAGAUAAUUUCAUCUGCUAUUUUUGUGGAGGUCAAGAUUGUAAAAAGGAAUAGGCUAAUUCAAAUAAAAAUAAAAAUGCCAUAGAGGGAUUACAUUCAGAUUGGAUAACUGAUGACAUUUUGGCUAUGUAGAGACUGAGUAUGAAAUUAAUGCCUACAGUCGUCCCUCAAUUCUAAUCUCAUAACAUUGGAGCAGUUAUAAAUUUGCAAUUGUAAGGAGAACAUGCAUAAUGUGGACCUGGUAUAAUUCCUGGUGUUGGAUUUUCAUAUAAUCCUGAAUCCCUGUAAUCAGCUAAGAUUAGCUUCUUCAAUUAUGGUUGGGAAGAUAUGACAGCUGAUACUACAUAUGAGAACCUCCUCAAAAUAUGUUCAGCAUUCGACCUGAUGUAAAAAAAAGGAAAGAAAGUAGCUGUGCAUUGUCAUGCUGGAACAGGCAGAACAGGAGUGGCAAUAGCGGCAUGGUUAAUUUAUGGAGAAAGGAUGGUUGCUGACGAUGCUAUUAAGUUAUUCUAGUCUAGAAGAAGGGAUUCCUUGAAUAAAAGUGCUUAAAGAGAUUUGUUGAAAGCGUUUGAGAAAUGUAUUAAAAUAUAAUAAGAAAUAGUCUUAUAAAAUAGAAAAUGGUUUGAUUAUCCAAAAUUAUCUGGGCUCACCAAUGAUGACAUUGUAGAAUAACAAAACCAAUAUGUUUUGAAUGAUUUGAAAAACAAAACCAAGUUAAUUCCUGCACCUCUUUAUAUUAUUUUCAAUCGAUUUUUAUUGUUAUUGGAAGACUAAUUAAUAACUCCAAAAUAGAUUGUGUAAGCAUUUAUUGGUGAACCUACAAAUUAACAACCUUUAAAUACUGAGGAGUUACAAAGUUUAAAGAAACAAUUUGAUGCUCACAACUUUCGAAUAGGACAUGUAACUGAUAUGAGACUACUUGCUUAAUUGUUAUUUGCUUAUUUUGAUCACUUGCCCUGGCAAUGUGUUUCAGAUAAAGCUGUUUUGAACAUUAAGCAAAAUUUAAAUGGAAAGUAGAUUUUAGAUAUUUUUAAUGAGUGUGGCAAAGAUAUAGAAGUGGGACCAUUCUAUAUCUUAAAGACAAUAAUCUAAUUUGCAGUUUAAUUAAAAAUUACAGAUCCUUAACUUGAUCUAAAAACAUUUUUCUAUCGCUUUUCAAUAUCUCUAUUACAGAAACAAAAGUGUCUUGAUGAUCAUUUUAUUGGAUUUUCACUUGUGAGAACAAACAAAAUUGAGAUUGUGUAAGUUGUGUAUCUAUAAUAAUUUUUGUAGAAAUGGCACGAUGAAGUGAUAAAUCUAAAUGACAAAAUUUUUGAAGAGAAUUAGUUAUCAAAAGAUUUCAGAGUAAUAAAAAAAGUGUGA